AUGGGUGCCAAGGCUGCCGUGCUCUUAGCCAUUAUGUGGCUCCGGCCCCUAUCCAUCAUGGCCUAUCCAUGGCUGCUGACCCUGAAUGACACGCAGAUGAGCUCCAGCAACCUGAGCAAGGAAGACAGCACCCUGAAGCACUACGCUGAAAUCCUGCAACAGAUGGCCCAGAGAGUACCCACCCAGGGUACCGCUGGCAAGGAGCAGGCUACUACUGUCAGCUCUAACAGGGAGAACGAAAUCAAGGAAGCCACCGCAGCGGUCCCUAAGGAGAUCCUGGAGAAAAUCCCAGUUUUCCUGACCUCUCGGUCUUCUAAGUGUAACAAGACGGUACCUAAGGUGCCUCUGAUGAAAGAGCCAGCCUGGCCUAAGGAAAAACUGGAGCUCAAGAGCUCCAUCCGGCACCCCAGAGAGCAGAACGAAAAGGAUAACGAGACGACAGUCAACAUGGCUACCGAAGAGGCGCCUGGCAACAUGGAGAACGUGAAUUUGGAGGAUGAUGACAAUAGUGUUUUAGAAACUGACGAAUCUGAUAGUGAAGAAGAGGCACUGGAGAAAGCUGUGAUCUCAACUCUGGAGCUAGCUGCGAAACUGGCUGUGGAACAGGAACUGUCUAAGGAAAUGUUGGACAAUAUGAUUCUCAAACCACUUGUGAAAGUAGCUCCUAAACCAGUCCCAAAAGCACCUGCCAAAGUGUACAAGAAAGCAUCUUUGGAGUCGGCUUUGAAACUCAUUGAAGAAGCUUCCCAACAAGUGAAAAAAAACCCAGAGAAAAGGGUUAUCCUAGGACAAAUGGCUCUUGUGGCUCCACCUGCCAUGGACUACCCAGAGACACAGGUGCACGAUUUAGGAGCAGGGUUUUCCCAGCCAUCAGUGGAAGCCAAAGACCAACUGAAUAAGAAGCGAGUGGUGGAAGAUCAAAUCCUGAAAAAAAUCGCAGACAUAAAUACUGAGAUAAAACGUGCACUGAAAAAUGCAAAACACCACAUGGAAUUCAAAGAUGAUGUUGAGUCUGCCAAAAAGUAUCUAAUCCAAAGCCUUUCCUUAGUAGAGGAACAAAACACAUCCGGCAGUGGGCAUAAACCUCAGAAGUUAACAAGAGAAAAGGAUGAUGAUGAAAGAAUUAGAUUAUUUAUUAACUUCUUAUAUGAUUUCAAGUCUCAACUAACUGAAUUCUUAAAUAUUAAUAAUAUUCCAUUUGAUCUUCAAGGGAAAGCCACUACUGUAUUCAGUAUUAUGGAAGCAGUGCUUUGUGGAAAUCAACAAAAAAGGGAAAAUAUCAUUAAGGAGUUAUUGGAGGAUAAUAUGAGAAUGUUAAACAUGCUUAAUGUUACAAUAAACCCAUGA